AUGUUCAAGGUUGUCGAGCAGAAAAUGGUUCCGACGUACUUGUACUCGCGCACGAAAUCGAUCCCCUCGCCAUUCACGGUCACGCGCGUCAAGCACCGGAGAAUGGGCCUAAACAUCAUCGGCUUCGUCUUUCCCGCUUUGAUGAUCAUGAAGUUGUCUGCACACCAUCUCGCAAAAGCAUCGACAAUGUUCUGCAGCGCCGCUAGCGUCUUUGCCAACAUUGCGACGUCGUCGGCCUGCUUGAUGUGGGAGACCCCUACUCCAUUGUGGCGCACCACGUCCGGCAGUGGCGGGACGGAGAUGUCCGAGCAGUGGAUGUCCCAGAGGCCCGGGGAUGCAGAGUCUCCCGCGAGGAUCCCUACAGUUGACUUGAACGCAUCCGUGUGUUGGCCCCCGCGUGUCACCACGUAG